UAAAUGCAAAUGUACUUGAGGCAAUAAAAUCAUUUCUCUUUAAGUAGCACCAAGAGCCAAUCAUGCUAUGAGACCAAUCAUGUGGCUUUAAAAGUCAAGUCUUUCAAGAAAGCAUAUAUAUUAAUAAAGGACCUACCAAUGGAGGAUAAAAAUAGAAGUUCAAUGGUGGUUUGUGUUACAGGUGGUGCAGGAUACAUAGCUUCAUUUUUGGUGAAAAAACUUCUUGAAAAAGGCUACAUAGUUCAUGCCACUCUCAGGAACUUGGAGGAUAAAGCAAAGGUUGGCUUGUUGAAGAGUUUGCCUAAUGCAGAAGCAAAUUUGAAGUUGUUUCAAGCUAAUUUGUAUAGACCAGAAGAGUUUGAACAAGCAAUCCAAGGAUGUGAAUUUGUUUUCCAUGUAGCCACUACUUUGACACAUUCUGAGGGAUUUCAGUACAAGAAUCAAGUAGAAGCAGCAGUUGCAUCAGUGAAGAACAUUGCAAUGAUAUGUAUAAAAUGUGGCACUGUGAAGAGGCUUAUAUAUACAGGCUCUGUGCUUGCUGCUUCACCAAUGAAAGAUGAUGGCAAUGGCUACAAAGACUUGAUGGAUGAAACAUGUUGGACACUACCUCUCAAUGUUCACUUCCCUUUUAGUGAUGAUUUUGUCAGGGAUUAUGUGAAAGCAAAGACAACAUGUGAGAAAGAAAUCUUGGACUUUGGCAAAGAUGGAUUUGAGGUUGUGAGCUUAGAUUGUGGCCUUGUUGGAGGAACAACAAUCAUGUCAAAUAUCUCAGGAAGCAUGGCUGGUAUAUUAUCAGCGGUAGCCGGUGACGAAAUUUGUUACAAACAACUCAGGUUCAUAGAAGAGGUUAAUGGAAAAGUACCAGUUGUACACAUUGAAGAUGUUUGUGAAGCUCACAUUUUUGCAAUGGAAAAUAGUGAUUCAAUGAAUGGUAGAUUCUUGUGUGCUAGCUCCUUUGUUUCAUCUGCAGAAAUUGCAGGUUAUUAUCAAGAAAAGUAUCCACAGUUUCAUGUCAACCAAAAGUACUUGGAUGAUCCAAAGAGAGAAGUGAAAUGGGGAUCAAAUAAGCUUAUGGAGAAGGGAUUUGUGUACAAAUAUGAAAUGAACAAGAUAUUGGAUGAUAAUAUUAGAAGUGCAAUGGAACUUGGAGUUCUCAACUUAACAUCAUCUACUUAUGGGAACUUUUGAUUUUCAUAUGUUGAAAAAUACUUACUCGUAUCGAGCGUUUGUAACAAACCGUAUGUUAUUUCUGGAGAGUCCGAGCAACAUAUAGAUUAUGUGUACCUUCCACAGAUUCCAUUCUGAUCUCAUUCAAACAGCAGUGUACUCUAUUCCCAACAAAUGUUUUAAUAAAAUUAAAGAACAAACCAGUGUUUGUUA